AUGUUAGUCAGUGUCGCAGAUAUUCUUGCUUUUUACUUGGUAGCGCUUGCCUGUUCAACCAGUGGUGCAUUGACAACAGAAGUAUCUCGGGAUAUCCAACCAGUAACAAAUUUACAGCCACCAGCCUUUAGUUAUCUUCCAAGUACGAACGUUGUGUUUCCAAAACUUCCUCAACAUGUUGUUUUCGCCAAACAAGCUUUGGACAAUGGGUUAGAAGAUGUCGGGGCUCCAGGUAGAGGUUUCACCGAAAGACAAAUACAGGCUGGGUAUUCAUACCUGAAACCUCUAUUGAUCGAUCUCAAGUUACCAUUCAAAGAUCAGACGAUGAAAUCAAUCAAUGAUAAGCAAAGAUCAACGAACGAAGAGGGAAGUUCUGGAACAAAAGCGAUAACGAGGGCAGGUAAAUCAUCGAGGUCAAGCAACGGAACAAGGCUGCUGGCCGAGGUCGAAUAUCAUCCGCACGUUCCACGGCGAUCGUCGUAUCAAGUUGUAGAAAAACUCGACGAGUACUUAACGGACGAUUCGGAUCAUGCAGGAUUGCCCUAUCGUGGGAAGGCUCAGACAACGAAUCCCCAUCGUAAUUCGCAAGACAUAACGACGGCCAUCAAAACCCUCGAUCACUUCCUGAGCGGGGUUCUGAACGACGAUAGUUACAACAGCCAGCUACAUCCACCGCCCAAUCCUGUUUUAGCCCUUGUCCUGUCUCGAUACGGGCGAUACGUGUCCGGAGCACGAAACUCUCGCGUGUACGCGCACAUGGCCGUAAACAAUAUACACAACAACAAACCUUUUGGUAGUUAUAAGUUGGAACGCGAAGAGCUGCCCACCUACGCUCGAAGAUAAUGCAGAUAAACAUUUUCCUCUCGCUUAGGAAAAAUUCUUACCUGUUGGACCCUUAGAUUAUCUCGUAGACGUUUUAUUGUUAGUACUUGUGUGACAUAGGAACGCGCGAGAAUUGUUCGAAACCGGAAAAGAAAUAUGAAGAAGAGAUAGUGGAAUUAUGGAGAACGAAUGCGGAAAAGACGAAAAAUGUCGAUAAGCAUGGAAAUAUUAUCGGAAUACAAAAUUCUUUAUCGAGAAUCUUUUAUCUGAAAAUCUGAAUAGGAACUACCUAAUAAAUAAUUUUGAUUUAUUCGUUACCUUCAUAUUCGGCAUUGGAAAUAACUUUCGCUCGGCAGCGGAGUCCGGUAAUGUACAUAUAAACGGCAGUGAAGUUAAUUAAUAGUUUACACGUCGUUAACGGCACGUUUAAUCGCAAAUACCGCACAUUACCGAACUCGGUAUAAUUUUCAAUUCAUAGAUUCAAUUUUACUUGAAUUAAUCUGCUUUCAUUCAUUGAUACCGCUUAAACCACAGACACCAAGUUGAACUAAAUCGAAGUCGCGAAGUUCGCCCUUCGUUGAUAUCACGCUGAUUAAUUAUCCAAACGACACUUCGGAUACCGGUAUUAAAGAAAACUUUAGAGCACUUCCUUCAUAGCUCAUUCUAAAUUUAAUCAAUAUCAUGCGGAUUUACCCUUGAAUCUAGCGGCAAUCGGGCUUGGCGCGAAGUUAAUUGGAGUAGUUCGAGAAGCCGCUCGAGAAACCCCGAUUAAGCACUAAACUACUCUCAUUACACCUUCCUGUCUCUCCGGAAACCUCUCUAGAUACUACUAACUUGAUUUCAUUGAUGAAAGCCAUGUACCAGUCUAGACCACUAUUGCUCUUGUUCGGAAUACGUCCAUCAGAUAGGUACAUGCUAAUAAACCUUUUUGGUCUCGUGCACCCCAUGUUACUUCGAGUAAGAACUUGUCGUUUGAUCGACAAAAAUUUUACGACGAUCAUUACAUGAGAAGAUCGGAGGAAACAUGGUAUAAGAGAGGAAAUAUAUAAUUUGGAAAGUAAAAUUUUAAUAGAAAAUCCGUGUGUUUCCAAAUAUUAACACAGCUUGUUACAUCUGAUAUAAUUUUUACCUGUUUAAAAUGUCUAAAACUCGUAUUAAUGCUCAGCGGAAUACGUAUUUAAAUAAGAUUUAUCGAACGAAAUGUUUCUUUAAAGUAAAUAAUUAUUAAAUCGGAUAUUCGAUUAAAUUCUAUUAACAUCGCAAUUUAAAAUUCAAUCAAUCGAAAACCUAUUUGAAUUUCUCCAUAAUAUCAAGCGUACCUUUACGUAUAUAGGAUUUGCACUUGUAAACAAGUCGGAGAUUUAUUAUAAAAUUAUAAUAACUCUAAUAACGAGAGAUUUACACAUCUAUAAAAUUAUUACGUAUCAUAUAUAUUUUAAUGGAUCAUUUUCCGCGAAAAAGAUAUUUAACUAAGCACAUCGAUCUCUAUCGCAUUCUGACCACGGUUCUCGCCAGUAUAUACACAUUGAGGAAUUUGAAUCGGGGUGCGUAUAAAUAAAUACAUCAUAAACAUUGCAGUUACGGACAUUUUCAGAGAUCGUUUAAUUUUCCUAUCUUCGGUAUACUUGUUGCGGGAUCAUAAAACGAACGACGAGGGCUUAAGUGGUGCCUGAUUGCCGUCCGUCCGCUAGGAAACCAGAUUGUCUGAAAAUUGUAUUUUCAGGAUGGCAGUUUCCAUUAGCUUCUUCGAGCUUUACCAAAGGAGAUCGGUUGGCAGUAAUAGCUUUACUAAUAGAGCAUCCAGGUACUUGGAGACUCUUAUAAUUAGUCGAUAUGUUCGAGCCAAUACGUUCUCCUUUUUGAUCCUUCCAAGUUCGCGCUUUUAAAUAAGUUGUUUAUACGUAUUCGUUUCGCAUUUUUAAUAUCGAGCGAAAUAUACACAUUUUUAAUAUCGAUAGAGUGUCACGCGCAAAUAAUUACUUAUUCCUCCUGCUUCGUGUAAAAACGUGACAAAUGUUUCGGGCGAAAUUAGCUUUUUUUAUGACGGGUGCUCCGCGAUCACACCGACAAUGUUCGCCAACAUGUUCGGAAUUUUAUCCCAAGGAAAAGAUAUUACGUAGGGUAAUUCUAACGACUGGUUCAGACUAUAUCUAUGUUCCAAGUGAAGUUAACGCAUUGGUUGUCGGAACUGGUUUUCGUUUUUCACUUCCUAAACUUCUCAGAAGCUUAUUUCCAUUUAAAGAAUUGAACUUAAAGAAAAAAGAAACUCUAAAAUCAUCCGACGCAAUCGAAGAAUAUUCUUGAUGUGUGAUAUUCGAGAAUGGAAGAUUAAACAAGGUGAUGAAAGUAUUGAA